AGCUUCCAUGCCCUGCACUGCCUCCUUUGACGUACCUCACUACCUAACCUUACCUACCUCCUUACCUCACUAUCUCACUACCUCACUACCUCACCCCAGGAGAGAAGAAACUAACACUCUGCCUCUCAUAAUUCCGUAAACAAAACUCGGUGCAGCAAAGGAAAUCAAAAUGGCUUCCUUGAACCUGUCGACUAAUGGCCCGUCAAUUAAGAGCAGCUACCAGGCUGUCGUCAAUGGCCCAGCUCCAUCUUCAAGCUCCUCCACCUACGGCCAAUGGGCCCUAUUUUCCGUCCAGGCACCACUUUUGAAUGCUUUCCAAACCAGCGGCGCGACAGAGAGUGUUUUGAAGGUCGAAACUACUGGAGAGGGCGAGCUUGCGGAUCUAGUCGAGGACUUCAACGAAGGCCGUAUCCAGUUCGCCUUCGUCAAAGUGAAAGACCCGAACACCGGACUGCCGAAGAACGUGCUCAUCGCCUGGUGUGGUGGAGGAGUUCCGGAGCGGACCAAGGGAUAUUUUACAAGCCAUCUUGCCGCCGUUUCCAAGAUUCUCCAUGGAUAUCACGUUCAGAUAACUGCUCGCUCCGAUAGUGAUCUUGAACCGGAGACUAUUGUGCGGAAAGUCGCAGAUGCAUCAGGUGCAAAGUAUACCGCUGGCGGAUCGGCUCCCCUUGCACCAGCAGCAGCAGCUCCUCCAGUCGCCAAGAAACCCGUGUUCACCCCAACAGCAUUGGGCACAGGCGGUUCCUUCAACCCCCUAGUCGCUGCAAGAAACCGCAGCCACGAAAACGUCGAUGAGGAUGGAUGGGGCCAUGAUGCGCCACAAGUUACACGAACCCAGCUCGAGAAGGUCGAGUCAGCCUACAAGCCAACCAAAGUGAACAUGGCCGAGUUGGUAAAGCAAAACCAACAGCCUUCAAGGUUCAAUGUGGCCGCCAAACAGGAUGAUCAGCCAAGUGACCUUGUGAGGGGAGGCUACCAGCCCGUGGGCAAAGUCGAUAUUGCAUCGAUUCGGGCCCAGGCACAGAGGGCGGGCGAUGAUCGACCGGCUCCGGUAAAAGGCGCCUAUGAACCGGUUGGGAAAGUCGAUAUCGCCGCAAUACGAGCAAAGGCGCAGCGGCCGUCUGAACCAGUCGAGGACACUCCAGAGCCACCCAGGAGCUUGGCUGACCGCAGCGCUGCCUUCUCCCAGUCUGAGCGACUGACCGAGUUGCCAAAGCCAAAGGUCGCCAAGAAAUUUGGAGGUUCUCCCUUCACGGGUACCAAACCCCCAACCCCUGCCGCCCUCGGACUCGGGUCCCCCACCGCUCCUACUCCCCCACCUGUUGGUGCAGCGAGUAGGACCUUUGCGGAUCAAGGCGGCAAAACACCUGCGCAGAUUUGGGCCGAGAAGAAAGCCAAAGAACGCGGGACUUCAUCUUCUACGAUAUCUCCACCGCCCGCCUCGCCUAUGGCAGCCCAGCUGAGCGGGAGCGAAUGGAGGAGUGGGUAUCAGGGGAAGAGCUGGGCUCCGGUCCAGACCACAAAAUUUGCCCGUGGCGGGGUGGAAACGCAGAACACCGGCGGCACGGAUCGCUCCGAGCCCGAGGCCCCUGCAUCCCCAGCCGGCGGUAUCUCUGCCCUGAGAGACAGGUUCAAAGAUUCGCAGCCAAUGGGUGGCGCUACUCCCUCCGCGCGCCAGAUCACCUCCCCAAGCCACGACGAACCUGCACCACCUCGCUUGCCCACAGACACUCGACCCUCAGGAGGGUUCGCACUUCCUGGUCUUCCCUCGCGCCCAGCCGCCUACAACCAGGAGGAAGACGAGGAGGAGACUCCUCCUAUUCCAUCCCGGGAUUUCGAAGAAGAGGAGGAGGAGCACUCCCCAGUUCGCAUCGCCAUGCCUGUUGCGCGCAGCCAAGAGCCAGAAUUGGAGCCUGCUGAGCAACUCCCCCCGAUAUCCCUCCCAACUCGGCACAUUGAGGAACAGGUACCAAGAGAAGAGGAGCUUCCAGAAGAAGAGGAAGCUUAUGAUCCCAGAGCAGCCGGAGCCGCUGUUGCGGAGCAGUCGUUUGGGCAUGCACCAGCCGUUGACAGCCAUGCUGGCUCCGGGGGUGGUGGGAAGCGGGCCCUGGUCCAAUAUGAUUACGAGAGGGCCGAGGACAACGAGUUGGAACUUCGAGAAGGUGAGUAUGUCACCAACAUCGACAUGGUGGAUGAUGACUGGUGGAUGGGCACGAACCCCAGGGGUGAGAGCGGCCUUUUCCCGAGCAAUUAUGUAGAACUUGUCGAGGGCCAAGGCGAAGGCGAAGAGGAAACCGCCAGCCAUGCACCACCCCCGGCCCCAGCUGCUGCUGCCGAGUCUCAGCCUGCUGCGGCAUCUGGUGGUUCUACUGCCACUGCGCUAUUUGACUACGAAGCCGCCGAAGACAAUGAACUGAGUUUCCCUGAAGGGGCUAAAGUCACCAACCUCGAAUUCCCCGACGAGGAUUGGUGGUUUGGCCAUUACAACGGUGCGGCGGGGCUUUUCCCGGCCAACUACGUUCAGCUCGAUGGGUGAUUUUAAUCCGCAUGUCGAGGAGUCGUUCACAGCCAGAGUGUUUGAGAGGUACUGUUCGCAUGUAUGAUCUUACGGGGAGAGAGUCAAUAGAGACUGGAUCUUAUGGGACUCCAUAGCGCACAAGUUCUCUGCAAUCGUACCCGGGUUAUAAUAUUGACUGGGUAUAAUAAGAUGACUGCCAUGGAAAUUAUCAUGAGCAGUUCUCCUACGAGACAAUACAGCCGCUGACGAGGAAGAAAAGGGGAUGCGGGGCCCGUAUUAUCUGACUUACCUAAUCUUGGUCCGGGCGCCCGAAUGACGGGAAGGCGCGGGACGAAAGAGGCUACAAUUUAAUAAAUAAAGGUAGGG